AGGGAUUCCGAGGCCAGGCACUGGCGCUGACGCAGGUUAGCUGGGCACCACUUGGCUGAUCCCCUCCCCCAGGAGCAGGCUGGGGGAUGGGUGGCCAGGCCCUGGCGGGCGAGCGCCAGCCUGGGGCUUCCUAUUUCGGGAGCCGGGGGCGUGGGCCAUAUCUCCUCAUGUGAUGCAAGGGCUAUUUAAAGCGGCAGCUCCGGCAGGGAGCCGCUGGUCCGGAGUUAUUGCGCGACUGAUCUAUCGCAGCUGUUUUCUCAGCCUCGCCUAGCAUCACCAUGGUGGACGCUUUCCUGGGCACUUGGAAGCUAGUGGACAGCAAGAAUUUCGACGACUACAUGAAGUCACUCGGUGUGGGUUUUGCUACCAGACAGGUGGCCUGCAUGACCAAGCCUACCACAAUCAUCCAAAAGGAUGGGGACACGAUCAUCUUAAAAACACAGAGCACCUUCAAGAAUACAGAGAUCAGCUUUAAGUUGGGGGUGGAAUUCGAUGAGACAACAGCAGAUGACAGGAAGGUCAAGUCCAUUGUGACCCUGGAUGGAAGCAAACUUAUUCACCUGCAGAAGUGGGAUGGGCAAGAGACGACGCUUGUGCGGGAGAUAAUUGAUGGGAAACUCAUUCUGACACUCACCCACGGCAAUGCAGUUUGCACUCGCACUUAUGAGAAGGAGGCAUGACCUGCCUGCGCCAUCACUGACUGCUUCUCUGCCAAUCAGCUACCCCUUGACUCAGCACCACACUGCCUCAUAUUUUCCUCUACAUUUUGUAUAAAUCCACCUUGGCUGGGGAACUCUUCUGGGGUCAACUGCUUCUGGCCUGGAUCCAGUUCCAGUUCUCAUUGUGUAUGUGGUUUGUUGUUGUUUUUUUUUUUUUAACUGCAUUCGAAGGUGCUUUGAGGUCAAUAAAGCAGAGCCAAGGCCACCCAGCUGCCUUUUUGCCUUUGGUGACAUAACUCUGGGAGUCUUGGUUCCUCCUUUAUUUCAGACAGUAGAUAGAAAUGACUGCCUGAAGGUCACUCAGGAAGAAGCACUGGAUUAGAGACUGGAAUGGACAGUCUCAGGGACUGGUAAUCCGCCAAUCAUCUUUAACACUGAAAAAUAAAACAGCUACCUGCACCUUG